AUGAUGAGUUAUACUGACUUGCAAGUAUCGUUUUGGGGAUAUGCACUUCAAACUGCAGCGUACCUGCUAAACAGAAUAUGGGGUUGUCCAACUUAUGUCAAGAAGCAUGAUAUUGACAAGCUAGACGCUAGAUUAGAAAUGUGUAAAUUCAUUAGAUAUCCAAAGAAAACUUUAGGAUACUACUUCUACCAUCCAAACGAACAAAAUGUGUUUGUUGCAAGAUCUAAAAGAUUUCUUGAGAUUGAUUUUGCAUUGGAUGGAACCUAUGUGCAAAAGGUUGAGCUUAAGGAAAAGUCUAGAGAGCCUCAUGAACCUGAAGUAGAGUCUGAUGCAGUUGACAAUCUAGUCCUUUUACCCCACACUCACCCAAACUCCACGUAG